CGUCGUUGUCGUUGUCGCGGUCGUCGUACUCGGUCUCGUUGAUAUAACCGGCGUGCGUUGAUCCUCCGGUCGUCAGUCGCGGUAGUUGGUACCUCGGAUCAGGACGGUUCACCGAAAAACGAACCGGGCGCGCGGUCGAGAUUGUGUGUUGUAUUCCCGAUUUUUUUGUGCAAAUAGAGGAAGAGUUUUUUUUAUCCCGACAGAAGGAAGAAUAGCAAUGUGGAAGUCGGUGGUCUGCGUGGCGUUGAUCGGUGCCUUCGGGGCCGUCAGCGGAACGUCCAAGCUGCAGGAACGCUACAGCUGGCGCCAGUUGGACUUUGUGUUCCCGAACCAGCAGCUCAAACAGCAGGCCCUGGCCAGUGGGGACUACGUGCCGACCAACGGACUUCCGGUCGGAAUCGAACGGUGGGAGAACAAGCUCUUUGUGUCCGUGCCAAGAUGGAAGGAUGGUAUCCCAUCUACCCUGAACUACAUCGACAUGAAUCAGACGCCGUCGGGAUCGCCCCCGCUGAUCCCGUAUCCAAGCUGGGCCAACAACGUGGCCGGAGACUGUCAGAACGGUCUGUCGACCGUGUACCGUAUCAAGGCUGACAAGUGCGGACGCCUCUGGGUGCUGGACACCGGUACCGUUGGAAUCGGAAACACCACCCAGCAGCUGUGCCCGUACGCGCUGAACAUCUUUGACCUCAAGACCAACACCCGUCUGCGACGAUACGAAUUGCGCGCUGAAGACACCAACCAGAACACCUUCAUCGCCAACAUUGCCAUCGACAUGGGACGCAGCUGCGACGACACCUUUGCCUACAUGUCCGACGAACUGGGCUACGGAUUGAUUGCCUACUCGUUUGAGAAGAACAAGUCCUGGCGGUUCGAGCACAGCUUCUUCUUCCCGGAUCCUCUGCGUGGAGACUUCAACGUCGCCGGUCUGAACUUCCAAUGGGGUGAGGAAGGUAUCUUCGGAAUGUCGCUGUCCCCAAUGCAAGCCGACGGUUUCCGUACCAUGUACUUCUCGCCACUGGCUAGCCACCGUGAAUUCAUGGUCUCCACUCAGGUCCUCCGCGAUGAAGAAGGCGCUGAAGAGAGCUUCCACAAGUUCACCUAUCUGAAGGAACGAGGACCCAACAGCCACACUACAUCCCGAGUGAUGAGCGAGACCGGACUGCAACUGUUCAACCUGAUCGACCAGAACGCCGUCGGAUGCUGGCAUUCGUCGCUGCCUUACAGCCCCGAGAACCACGGAAUCGUCGACCGCGACGAUGUCGAACUGGUAUUCCCUGCUGACGUCAAGAUCGAUUUCGAAGAAAACGUCUGGGUAAUCUCCGACCGCAUGCCUGUGUUCCUCAUCGCCGAGCUGGACUACAGCGAUGUGAACUUCCGCAUCUUCACCGCUCCUCUGAGUACCCUGGUCUCUGGAACCGUCUGCGAUGUCGCUCCAUCGCUUCGACCAGGUGCCAUUCAGUCCAAAUUCGGUGUAUCCGAUCUGACUACCUACCCAGGAACCACCCUGCUCCCAGCCGGCUACAGCCAGCCCAUCAGCUACACCCCAACCUCCUACGCCCCGACCGUUGCCCCAGUGACCAAGUACACAUCCGCCCCGGCAGCGUACGAUCACCCCACAUCCCACAUGUACACAACCCAGGAAUAUCCGACGACCGCGAAGGCAUACCACUUCAACAAGUACCACAACGUGGAGUACCAAUCGCACGGAAACGGCCAAGCCGACUACCACUUCGGUCACGGAGGACACUACCACGGUCAUGACCACGGCGGCCAUGACUACGGCCACGAUCACGGAUACUACGGCGGCGGAGAACACCGCCGGUACUGGGGAGCUGGCCCCAAGAAACCCGAAGCCUGGAAGCAGCAGCUGUACUAGUAGAACCCACCACCCCCGAUACUGCGGACUAGCCGCACAGUUUUCGUUUUAGAGAAAUUUAGGUAAAUUAUUUGUCAGUGUAAAAGUGCAGUACUCUCGUCAAGUGUCUUAAGUUAAGGUAUCUAAGAUCGAACGAACCAACUCAAGUCGAAUAAAGUAAGAUGUUUGUUACGAAA